AUGCUCAUGUCACCCAACUCGUCCAGCAAGCCGGCCAACGACGAGGCCGACUUGGCCGAGGACGUCGAUGAACCCCCUGAUCACGUCAUGCACGCCACCCGAAUGAAUUCCGAUCAGAUCGUGCUCGCUCGCCCGACGGUGAACCGCAAGGAAUCACUGCUCACGCGCGCGUUGAAGAGCAGCCCAGAGAUGUCCCCAACUGACCCACACACCUCCCAUUACGACUCGUACAUGUACCGAUCCUACCCUCAUAGCAACAUGAGCGGUCUCUCAACGGCCGAAUUGACCAGCGACGGCGGCCUCACAAGUCCCUCCUUGUCUAAUACUCCCAGCCCACCUUUACCACCUCAGAUGAUGAGAAAUACUGCGUUGAUGGGAAAGAAUAAUUUGGCCCCUAAAUUGAAGGUUGUGGAUGCCAGUGAAACCUCUGUCGAAGCAAACCUUGGCCGCAAACGAUGCAUUAGCUUUGCUUGUGGUCGUAAAACCGAUGAGAAGAUUCAGCUCGGAUCUUCCGUCUCACCCUCACAAUCACAAGAACUCCCACCCAAACCCCAAGCACCCAAGGAGCUUUCCGUAGAGGAACCCUCAAUUCAACCCCUCAAGCGGAAAACCACACUUACUUUCGCAUGCCCUGGACGGGAGACUGUUUGCCAGAGAGAGCGAUCUCCAGCACGCAAGUCUUCCAUCCGGCCACGAUGCCGUGGCUCCCCUGCACCUGCUGCUCGCAGAGCCUCUCCCACCCUGAAGGAAACUCUUAAGGAAGUUCCAAAGGAGGCUUCCAAGGAGGCUUCCAAGGAGGCUGUCUCUGUAUCUACAGACCGCAAGGGAGUCCCGACUAGUGGAUUGGGUAAGUUCGAGGAAUCCGAAGCCACUCGGUUCCACGAGUUUGCUAGCUCUAUGGAUGAGGACGAUGAAUGGGUCAACCGGGAAGCCGACUAUACGCAAAAGAUUACUUUGAAUGACUGUAUGAAAAAAGAAAUGGCCAUCCGACGGCUCGGUGAACAGGCAGAAGAAGAGGCAUUGGAUGAGGAAGAUGAUAUGGAAGAUCUCCCUGACGACGACUCGACUGUGCACGACUUCUCUUCGGACGACGGUAAUGAAUCGGACAACGAGGCUGGCUUCGCGGACUCAGACGAGAGUGAAGAUGAGGGCUCCGACACCGAGUUUUGGGGAUCAUCACGCCGUGUCCCAGAACCCACCAGUCAGCCCGCCGAUGCACGCCUCUCGACCAUGGAACGCCGUGCCUCAAACACUUCUUUCGAUUCCAUGACCGACGAUCACUUGAACUGGCUUCCAGCCCCGGUGCAAAGGAUCAGCAGCCGUCGUGCUUCGAAACCCUCCAAGAGCAUCAAGAUUCGUCCAAGAACCCUGAACCUUCCUGAUAGUACCGACUUUGUCUGUGGAACUCUCGAUGAGGAUCGUCCCCUCGAACUUGCCUACAAAUCUUGCCUUGAAGAACGGCGCCGCCUAAAAGAAGUUGUCAUCCCGCAAGAUAUCGACCCCAGUUUCCCUACCAGUGAUCCGGAGGACGAGGACGAUGAUGAAGACCUGGAGCCAUCCGAGAUAGAGCAUUCCGGCUUGUCCUCCGCAGGUCGCCGCGAUGAAACUGCCCGAGGACGACCAGAAGGCGAUACCCGCAAGCAAUCUCCCCGUCGCUCGCCCAGGCGUUUGAUGUCCCCACCACCCCGUCGCACUGGCCGCGCCUCUCCCAAGCGUCUCAAGUCCCCACCACCACCCAUGAGAACGAGGUCGCCCAUUCCAACCAAGUGGGAAUUCACCGAGGAUAUGCACAUUGUUGAGUCCCCCGAAGGUCUCAACAUCAGUCACCUGGUUCAACGCCGGCCUCUUGUCCGUACUAAGUCACUCCCCCGUGACCCCAACCCUUUCUUCACCGGCCUGGACAAAGAUCACCGUUGGCAAGGUAUCCCACCAUUUUCUGAGUCCCCAGAGGACGAACACUCACGUGCCCGUGAGCUACACACUCGCGGCCCAGUCGACAUUGUCGAGGGCCUCGAGAAAAAGCGCCAGAAACGCAAAGAAAAGUUCUGGCGUCAACAUUGCCGCAAAGCUGCCAAAGAGCAGAUGGGCAAACGACCUAUUCCAGGCCAUGGAGCCGAACGGAUGAAGGAGCUUGGCCUCGAAGUUGCUGAGAGGUGCAGAGCUUACGGCGUCGGUCAAGACGCCCAGCUCGUCCUAUCCGUUUAG